AUGGUAAUGUUCAACUUAUUUUGUGUGGACGUUGAACGCUGUUCAGAGCUCAAUGAAAAUGUGUCAUGUCACCUCCUACUCGGUAACGCAGCUCGGUACUGUUUGGUAGUAGAUGAUGUGACUGCAUCUGAUUCGCCUCUCAACGCUCGACCUUUAUCGGACCAUCGCCCAACAAUCGACAGACGCCGGACUUUAGCUCGGCCACUGACUGAUGCCGGACUUCAGACCGACCUUCGUCGGACCACCACCCGGGCGGUGGUCCGGCCGCUGAUCAUUGCCGAACCACCGCCCGGCCACCGACAGCCACCGGACUUCAGCCCGACCUUCCCCGACCUUCCUUGGACCACCGCCCAGCCGCCGAUCAUCUCCAGACCACUGCCCGGUCACCGACCGCUGCUAGAAUUCAGCUCGACCUCCGUCGGACCACCGCCCGGCCGCCAACCAUCGCCGGACGACCGCCCCGCCGCCGACCGCCGCCGAACUUCAGCCCGGCAACCGACCGCUGCCAGAGUUCAUACUGACCUUUGUCGGACCACCACCCAGCUGCCGAUCAUUGCCGGACCACCGCCCGGCCACAGAUCGCCGCCAGACUUCAGCCCGACCUCCGUCGGACCACCGUUCGGCCGUCGACCAUCGCCAGACCACCGCCCGACCGUUGAUCGUUGCCGGACUUCAGCCCAACCAUCGCCGGACCACCACCCGGCCGCCGUUCAUCACUAG